AUGAGUGGUAAUAAAGGUGGUGUAUUAUCUCGAGUAUUUGGUGGUUCGUCAAAAAGUGGUGCUAAAACAAGAACAGCUCAAACACCACAAGAAGCUAUACAACAGUUGCGUGAUGUUGAAGAUGUUCUAAAUAAAAAAGUUGAACAUUUAGAGGGGAAAAUUAAUGAAGAAACAGCAAUAGCUCGUCGUGAUGCAAGAACAAAUAAACGUAGUGCAUUGAAUGCACUCAAAAGAAAAAAACGUUUAGAAAAAACAUUACAACAAAUCGAUGGAACUUUAACAACACUUGAAUAUCAACGUGAAGCUUUACAAAAUGCUUCAAUGAAUGGUCAAGCAUUUAAUGCACUUAAAAGUGCAACAAGUGCUUUAAAAAAUGUUCAUAAAGAACUUGAUGUUGAUAGUGUUCAAGACAUUAUGGAUGAAUUAGCUGAACAGCAUGAAUUAUCAAAUGAAAUUGCUACUGCUAUUUCAAAUCCUGUUGGAUUUGGUGCUGAAAUCGAUGAAUUGGAAUUGGAAAAUGAAUUGGCUCAAUUAGAACAAGAAGCGAUCGCAAAAGAAAUUUCUCAAAUUGAUUUACCAUCAGUUCCAGCACCAGCAUAUGCCCAACCAGCCGCUGCAGCAUCUAGCAGAGCAAAGAAAGAUGAACUGGCUGAAUUAGAACAGUGGGCAUCAUAA